UGCUGCUCACCCAAUGGGAAGCCAGGAAGCUCAUACUGUCCGUGUGAUUCCACAGAAGGAAGCGUUACCAAACACUUUAACAAAGUUUUAAGUAGUGUUCAGAGAAUGGCGGACAAGACUGUGGAUGGAGGUCAAUGGACGGGAUGCGCAGUCAUGUUUCUGCAGUCGCUGUGUCCCGGUGUGAACCUGCUUUCUCUCUACAAAGACCCACAGGGAAAGUUCAUCAUUUUCAAAGUCAUCAAGCUGACACUUACAGACUCUGCUGGAGGCCUGGGUACAUUUGAGAUCCUAAAGGUCCAUGACGCGGAUCCCUUCCUGGGGGUGGAGGUGAAGUUUGUGAAUGUGGCAGCAUGUCAUCAGUUCCUGGAGAGCUACAGCUCUGGAGCGGUGAGACAGUAUCUCUGCCAGCACGCCUGCCGGCUGCUCGCUCUGUCCCAGGAGUUAACUGUGGAAACCCAGCUCAAGGCAGGCACUCAUACUCUGGAUCGGUGUCUGGACAAGCUGGAUCUUUGCCUACAGCACAUCCACCUGUCACAGCCGGAGCGCCUGCGCGAUGAGGAGAUCGAUGAGCUCGAGCAGCAGCUGCAGAGUCAGGCCCGCGGUCCUGCCUCACAGUCCGUCACCAUCAUGCAGGAAGAGUCUCCCGUUCCCAGCAACUGCUUCAAGUUUCAGAACAGAGUGUUUGAGGACCGAAUGCUCACAGCGGCAGAUGUGCAGAGCUUUUCUAACGGAGUUGGCCGUCAGUGGAAGCACGUAGGGAGGGCCUUGGGGAAGAACUGCCGCGCUCUGAAGGGCCCGGCAAUAGACAACCUGGCCUACGAGUACGAGAGAGAAGGGCUGUAUGAGCAAGCCUAUCAGCUUCUCAGCCGCUUCAUCCAGGCGGAGGGGAGGGCGGCCAAGCUGAGCCGACUGGUCAAAGCACUGGAGGACUGCAAACUCACGAGCCUGGCUGAAAAUAUUCUGGACCCGCAGCCGCGAGAGUAACUCUGAGUCUCAGCUGUGAAAACAGAGAAGGGGGGCGGAGUCCUCUCUGUGCAAGGAACAGCAACUUUGUCCUCCCUGCUUAUGUUAUACACACAGUGUGUUUGUUCUUCACAUCUGUCAUCGACAGCAUCCCGUCCUUCAAAUCAUCCCCCGUGUGUGCGUGCGUGUAGGAGUGUGUGUGGGAGUGUGUGCGUAUAUUGAAUGAUUCACGUCUUUGCUUUUCAAUUAUUAGUAUUAUUGAUAAUUGUUUUAAUUUAGUUGAAUGAUCUGUCAUCACUUUUUAAAAAAUGCUGUCAUGAGUUUAAUGCACUGUUUAAACCGUUGUCAUCAUGUUUCUCCUUUUAAAGUCUAUUUACAGAUGGAACCUGUUGGGUCUUCUUUCUAAUGAGUGCGAGACUGUUUUUUUUCUCCUACAAAAUGGGUGCAUUCAAAUUAAAUGAUUGAGGAACAAAAAAAAAAAAAAGACAAAAAAACAAGCUUCAUGUUUCUGUUUGAUGCAUUAGUGUAAUUAAACCUGAAAACACCA